UCUAGAGACAAUCUCACGGUCAGUAUCUGUGAGGAAGAAGAAGAACAUGAGCUCGGGCGACCAAACCUCUACCAUAACCAUCAUGAGAACAACUGGACAGACCACAAGCACGUUCCAACCCCACGACCUACGAGAAUGGGUCUGCACUUCUGCAAGUGGCUUUCUUCUCCUCGUCGUGUUAUCUGUGGUCACCAUUGUCGCCUUCUACCAAUCCCAAUAUAAUGCUUGCAGUACCACGGAGUGCCUCGAAUACGGCCGUCUCUUCGCAAGUUCCGUGAACCCCAACGUGAACCCGUGCGUCAACUUCUACCAGUUCGUUUGCGAUGGCUGGGACAGGAGCAAUAAUCAAUCCGUCCAAGAAGUGCACCUUCACGACUUCUUACGUGAGCUGUCUGAGACGCUAAACAGUGUGCAAGUUCCCCCAAAAGACCAGUCUUCCGUCGAAAAGGCUGCAAAGUUCUACCAAUCCUGUAUCGAUGUCACUUCAGGAAAGCGAAACGAGGAUGACGAAUUUAAGGAGCUUUUGAGGAAGGGCAACGUGACCUGGCCGGUGGUCGAAGGUGACGGUGACUUGCUUCAGGUGAUGACGUAUGCAGCAGUCCACUGGAACGUACAACCCUUGCUAGAUUUCCGAAAAACGGUCGUCACUGGUGACGCCGUCGUUGUUGGCAUCACACCUGGGACGGUUCUUUCGAUCUGGUACAGGGAACGCUUGAAGUUGAUCGAAAGAAAAAGCUAUCGCGAUUACCACAAGAAAGUGUUCACCAUUAUCUCUGGUAGCGAAACGAACGCUUCUGAAUUCCAUAAUUUUGAAAUGCUGGAAAACAACAUAUUUAAAUCUCUAAUUCCAGCCCUGAACAGAGAGAGCACCGGUAUUUUGACGGAAGAAGAAUUUAAGGCGCACAGUACAGCGUUCUCGUAUCCUAGGUGGAAGAAAGUCUUCGAAGAACUCCUGGAAAUCUCUCCGAGCAAGAGCAUCACCUUUGCGCUCACCAAUACGGCCUUCUUCGACGCGUUCAACGAGGUUACCCUUGACGUCGGCGAGCGGAACAUGAUCCUGAUAACCAGCUGGUGCGUACUGUUCGCACUUGGUCACCUCAUGAUAGGAGGGCUAAGCACUGCCCUGUACAACAACCCACAGGACGCGGAAAGCACAGCUCGCAUACGCUGCUUGCACCACGUCGAGCCUUACAUGGGCGUCGCCUUGUCCGCCCCGUACGUCACUGAGGUCGUUUCAUCACAAGUAUACGUCGACGUCAGGAACCUCACCGAGACGUUAGUCGAACACAUGUCACGGAAAAUAAGUAAACGUAACGCCCUAUACACCGAUACCGCAAGAAAUUUCGACGCUUUGUUCUUAUACUACGAUAAGCUGACAAACAUAUCCGAUCUUGACCGAGUAUUCUCGCAUUUUCCCGAUAUGGGCACACGUUUCACAACGAACCACAUCCAGGCGGUAGCUGCAUGGAGGAAAAGAAGUGCAGAAGACACAUCUUACUUCGGCUCGUACCUGCAUGUAAGAGAUUACUACAACUUGUACCGGAAGAACACUGAAAGUUUGGUCAUCUGGCCGGUAGCACUCACGCCUCCCUUCUUUGCUGCGGAUAUCCCGUUCGCGCUCCGAUACGGCGCUUUGGGAUGGUUGGUCGCCGCAGCCAGAGCCGAGGUGAUCAUCAGGGACGUGUCAUGGGCUAAACGACAGUCGUGGGGUCGCACUGUCACAGAACUGCCUUCCUGCUUAAGUGGGAAGUCGACGUCUAAAAGCAUCUUCUACAAAACUAUUUCUGGUAGCGUCGUUUGGGAAGCAUUCAGGAAGGCAGGCGGCACUGGUGCAGAACCUGGAACUUCCAUUGAUGGCUUUUCCGAGUACAGUCCAGACCAGUUGUUCUUCAUUGCGAUGUGCUACCUUCAGUGCGGGCGUGGCAAACCAGGACACGAAGAAUAUUGUAAUGGAGUGCUGAAGAAUUUAGAACCGUUUUCAAUGGCGUUUAACUGCUCUAGUGGGUCGCCGAUGAACCCGUCGCGGAAAUGUAAUGUGAUGUGACUGACACGAUUGAGGUGUCAAGUGAGUACUGACUGAUUGUCCGGGUUGUCUGGUCCGUUGUCAUCACACAAAGAGCGUUCCUAGAAAGUGGACAAUAACUUGUGAGAUGACCUUUAUUAGAAAUAAAAUGUUCC